UCCCUUACAUCCCUGUCUACCUGUGGUGAUUCCAUGGUGGUUUUCAGGGUUGGUUACACUUUGGCUUCAGAUUUACGCCUGCAGCUGCUUGAUGUAGAGAACAAUGAAGACCUGAUCAAGAGUCUGUAUGGACUACUGAUGUUGCUGCCGCAGUCCGAGGCAUUCAAGCUGCUGCGGUACCGACUUGAGUGCAUCCCACACUACCAUUUCCAUGACAAAACAUCAAAACCUAAGAAAAAAGAAGAGAGGCCACUUGUAGCUAAGAUAAACUUUGAAGAACUGUUAGCUCAUUUUCACAAAGUACAGGCGAAACAUCGUGAUUCCAAGCGUAGUCAGCAUGCCCUAAAGCUGUCAGCAGUUAAAGCACUCAAUAUACAGUGAACCACUGUUAGAAAACAACAUAAUUUAUGCAAGAUAGAUAAUAUAAGUGUUAAUACCCUGGUAUAUAUAUUUGCACAGUGUGAUGCUGGUGUUGUCAGACACCAUGAGAAUGUAGUUAAGUUGACAGUAAUGUCUGAGUGUAUGCUAUCACCUGAGUGGAACAGAAAACAAAAAUUGUUAUGCUUGUGAAACAGGCACAGCUGUAUUUGCUCAGAAAAAUAUGAGCAUUAGAUAUGGCUUGCAGGGGAAGGGACGACAACAGUGUCAAAUCUAGUACAGAUAUUCCCAGCAAUGAUUCAGAGGUCCUGGUGUUCAGCAGUGAGUGUGUUCUGUGUCUCCUCUUACCUUCACCUCUACUCAACAUCUUACUAGAGAGAUGCCCCUGUAACUGUGGGAUGCUGGCAGUCUCAUCAUCAUCAUCACAAUUAGGACUUGUGGGACUAUGGAACAUCAAUGUGGCAUGUAGUGUAUCAUUGUCACAAGUGUGACUUUGGUGUCUGUAGAGUAUUUGUUUUAGGGUAUCUGUCAUCAGAUGUGAUCUGUAGCUUCUAUCUGAGUGGGUCAAUGCAUGCUGUAGUAUUGGAGGUUUGUCAGGUAUUCAGCAGCUGCUCAGUUUACAUGGUGUUUUGUUUAUUAAUGGUGCAAC